AUGACAGCCUAUACCGACCAGCCACUCCCCCUUGCUGCCGACAACGCCGAACCAUCGGCCCUCGGCCCAAGCCCCCAUGCCAACAUGACCGACGACACCCCGGCGUCGCCCCCAGUCUGCAAUGUGGUGGUUCCCGAGUCUGCUCCUCUGGUUCUGCUGCUAUCUCCCCUUGGCUGCUGCCACCACCCUCUUUCCCACGCCACCCCUCCACGGGCCACAACCACUACCACCACACACCCCCAUUUCCGUACACACAUUCGGCAACCAGCCUGA